CAAACAUAAGGACUUAAGGACAUCUCAUCUCAUCUCAUCAAAGAUCCAGACAGAAAUUCUGAUACGGACUUUACCUGGCAGGAAAUGACAUCGCAACAUCUCAACAUGUCAGGUGAUAGAGGAAAUUACAGCUACAUGGAUUUUUCGGAAUAUUAUGGCGAUCUAGACCUAGGCUCCUUGGCUCCUUGCAAUUACAGCUCUCUGAGUAAUUUUGGCAAGGUGUUUCUGCCAUUUCUCUACAGUUUGGUUUUCAUCCUCGGCUUCUUAGGUAAUGGCCUUGUGUUGUGCGUCCUGAUAAAGCACCGCAACCAGACCAACUUGACAGACAUCUGCCUUUUCAACCUGGCUCUUUCUGACCUCCUCUUCAUCCUCACCUUGCCUUUAUACUCCCACUACAGCGCUGUGGGUCAGUGGGUCUUUGGGGACUUUAUGUGCCAUCUCAGUGGUGGGAUGCACAACACUGGAUUCUUCAGCAGCACCUUCUUCAUGGUCGCCAUGACGCUGGACCGCUACAUGGCCAUCAUGUAUGCUCAUAAAGUGGCAAAAUACCGCACCCUGAAGAUGGGCGUCACUCUGUCUGGAGUUGUUUGGAUGCUGAGCUUGUGUGCUUCCUUACCUAGUUUUAUCUUCACCAAGGAGACAGAUGAGUCAAUCGAUGAACCUUCCGGUAAACGCUGCCAAAAUGACCCAGAGAACAAGAAGUGGAAUGUGUAUAAUAUCUUGGCCACAAACAUCCUGGGUCUCAUGAUUCCAUUCUCAGUGAUGGUCAUUUGCUACUCCAGGAUCAUCCCCACUUUGAUGCACAUGAGGAGUGUAAAGAAGCAUCGCGCUGUCAAGCUGAUAAUCUCCAUAAUGAUCAUCUUUUUCUUAUUUUGGGCCCCGUAUAACUUUAUCCUGCUUUUGGAUUUCAUACAGUCUGAUAAAGAGAGCUGUGAGUGGAUCAAUAACAUAAAGUUGUCAGCAACAGUGACUGAGACCAUUGCCUUCACCCACUGCUGCCUGAACCCCAUCAUUUACGCCUUUGUAGGACAGAAGUUUAUGAAGCGUUCCUUACAGCUGUUGAGGACAUGGGUACCUGGGAUCCCCUUUAGCAGACGUCUGUCAGAAAGCUCAUUCAGAACAAGUUCAGUUAUGUCCAGAGCCUCUGAUGUCACCACAGUCAUGUAGGCAUUGGAGGGCGGACAUACUAUCCGCAGUGUGUAUUUUAGUUUUAUAGCUUUUUGUAUGUCUUAAAGCAGAGGGCUCAAAAAUACAGUCGCAGAAAAAAUUAUUAGACCAUCCAAAGUCAUCAAAAACAAUGGUUAUGCAAUCAAGUACUAACUCCUGUGCG